CUGUAGACAUCGGUACCUGAGCCUGUUUCCGUUCCCCAAAACAACCUGCGCGUAAGCCGUCUUCGCUUGGAUUUUUCUCAACCUUCCUCCAUCAACUCUCCAAAAAAUAUCCCACACGUCUCUCCUUAGUCCUCUCUUCAUAUACACGAAUUCACAGUGUCUUAUUCGUCUCCCGAAAGCUUACCCCAAGCGAAGAAGAUGAAGUUCAGUCUUGGCCAGGUGCUUGUGGCAGAAGAUGCCGACACGCUUGCCGAGCAACAUGCCCAGCUCGAGGCGAGCAUUGAAGAACACGCCGACAUUGCGGAGAAGGCGCGCGACGGGGACGAGGUGCUUGACGACAAGCUUUGCAUCGAGUGCGGUGAUCAGCCUGCUGAGCUGUUUUGCACAGACUGCGACGAGCAGUUUUGCUCGGUCUGCUUUGGAUAUCUGCAUAGAACGGGCAGACGAAAAACGCACAUCAUUAAAAAAUUCGAGGAAGAGAAAAGCGAAGACCCAGAAACUGCCCCGGACGCGUCCGCCAAAGAUCCAGAUGCAAUGUCCGUGAGCAGCACCGGCAUGGCCGCAGACGAUGCCGACGGAUCACUCGAGCUUCCCAACACCACGCUUACGACGCCGCCGGAGCCAAUAGUUAUCGUGUCUGCGGGAUCGCAGUCGUACGGCACUUGGCUGGUGUCGAGGGCAAAGUAUAUACCGUUACGAUUGACGCAGCAGGAGCGGAAGCUUCUCCGACUACUGGAGGCAGCGCUCAAUGUUUCAGAGUACACUGAUAAAGUCGACGUUCUUCUAUACUCGUCCAAGGCCAAGCGAAUCAUUGCGCAACUAAAAGAAGUCUGCUCGAUCCUUGCCGGACUAGUUGUGGCCACCGACAUGAAACUCGGUCAAGAAAUGUUUCAGGACAAGGACUUUGCGCGUAACGCCAAAUGGUUCAAAAAGAUCUUUGAGAUUGGCCGGCGAUAUAAGAUUAUGAAUCCCGAGAAGAUGCGGGAUAGUUUUGGAAAAUUGAUGUACAUGGUUAUGGAUUCUCGCCUGCCUGAAAUCGAGCAAGUUAUGGAAUUCGACUUGUACAUGCCAGUCGUGACCGUGCACUCCUUCCUUGAAUCCCGCGACUGCCUCUCGCUCCUGGAAGACAACCUAGUCGUGCAAGCCACAGCUGAGAUCUAUCCCGAGCACAAGAAGCGAUCGCAAGUCCAGGCCGAGAUCAGACAAAAGGAGAAAGCGAUCGAGACCCUGGCCAAGCGGUACUAUAAACCGGGGGUGAUCACACAGGACGAGAUUCGGCAGUGCUUGUAUUCGAUUGGUGAUAACCAUUCGUAUCUGCGAGCGAAUAAGAAUCCGGUGGAGAAAAUGCUAAAGUAUCUGCAGACUCAUUUCCAUCCGGAUAAGAUAGAGAAUGAGUAUAACCUUGCCAUUUCGUACGGCAAAGGCGGUGCGCGUUUGUCGCACAAUCACGAAAAACAGUUUUACUACGUCAACCAAUCAUUGACGCUGUGGUCGAUCAUCAUGAACGACAUGUUCAUGCUCUGGUCUCUCGCCGACCAAGACCUUCUCUCGACCCACGGCCGCUACCGCCUAAUGGACACCGGCCAAGGUCUCAACCGCGUGCAAUCCUGCCCCGCCGUCAGCCGCGCCAUGCAGGCCGUCAUCUCGCAGGCCCAGCGCCGCGCCAAAUCCUGGAUCGGCUCGAGCGUCGUGCAUCUCGGCGACAGAUCGGUCCCGAACGCAUGGUUCUUCCUCGACAAGUACCUGCAGGUGCCCAUGAUCCUCAACCCGCUCGAGCGCGUCAUCUCCGAGAUCGACGUCGUCACGCGCGACCCGUUCGUGUAUACCUGGAUCGAGACGCAAUUCGGCGGCGUGGACGAGCUGAAAAAGACGAUACUGUCCGAUUUCUUCAAGCACGCGUUCGACGGCUCCGGCGCGGAUAAUUUCCAGGAAGCAGGGUCUUGCAUCGACGGCCGUCUUACCAGUGCCUGGAACUGGGCUAACUCAAUCUCAAAAAAGCCGUAUUACAAGGUCCUCGUGCUUUGCGGAUUCACCGGAUUCAACGGCAGCGAUGGCUUCUAGUUGGUUUUCCAUGUCAUUUUGUCAUUUUUGGUUUUAGAUAUCUAGACAAGGCUCGUGUUAUUCAAUUUUGACUCGGCAUUUAAUCUCUUUCUUUUAUUAUCUUUGUUGUUUUUAUAGAAUAUGGUGUCCAGAUCUGUAAAUACCAAUCAUGUCACUCAAACGUUUUAAUCAAAGAAAUGAAAAAGCUACGUCUACGUCAUUAAAACGCACUUAAGCCAUAUAGAUAGAAAUACC